AGCACAGCUCAUCAGAGAGGAUGGCGACAUCAGAGGAGUAAAACUAAAGAGGAAAUUUAGAAGAUAUUGAAAGAGUCUGACCUCCAGAUUUGUUUUUUAUUCAGGAGAAAACUGAGGCUGUGGACACAAAGUGUGAAGCUUCAGAGUAGAUUCAAGAGGUCUAAAGAAGAUAUCAAAUACUUCAGUAUACAUUCAUUCCCCUUUUCUCUGCAGAGUCUGUUUGAUGCUAACUAUUGUAAGAUAGAUAGUCACAUGAAAAGUAUCCACAUUACCAGAUGACCUGUUUCAGAUAUUACUUUUAGAAACUCCAAACUUCACAGUGGUCUCAGUCAACAGGAUGCCUUAAACCUCCAAAUGUAAAAUCUGAUAUCUAGGCUGAAGCCUCUGUUUGUGUCUACUCGACACCCCACAACACUUCUCUGGAUCAAACUGGAUGAAGACUUGAAAUAAAAAUCAACUUUCAGAUUACUGAAGCUAAUUUCAUUGGUAAUAAGCAUCAGAUCUAUGAAGAGCUGUACAUCAACAAUUAAGACAUGAGCUUUCGAAGGGGGUCAGAUCAUGGCCUGGUUUAUCUGUACGAGUUAUUUAAAUGUUUCUAAAUAGCUAAAAAAUGAUUGCAGUCUCCUCAGGACAGAUUUCUGCUGAUACCUGCAGCUACUUUUUUCAAGAAGGUUCAAUCUGGGGCAACUGGACUUGGUUGUGGAUUCAUGAAGACAUUUUGCCUCUCAUCCAAGAAGCUUCUUCAGUUCUGACUGACCGGUGGGGAGGUAUAUGAACCAAUUAGAACAAUGACCAAGUCUACGAUAAGUUAAGUUGACACUUUAUUAAUUAUGUUGUACACACAAAAUUAUUUCUCCAUAUUUAUCCCUGUCAGAACACACACAUAGUGACAGAUGCCAUAUACACUGGAGCUGUGGGAAUCAAUUCACAGCUCCCGGGGAGCAGAGUACGGUGCCUUGCUCAAGGGCACCUCGGCCAUGGUAAGGAGGUGGACAGCCACCCCACCAGCUGUCAGUGACUCACAGCGGGGAUCGAAUAGCCAAUGUUAGGGUUAUUGGACGACCCACUAUACCACUGAGCCACAGCUGCCUGAAAAGCUAUGUUUUGCCCGGAUAGACGCUGAGGAUAAAUACUCUGAUCUCCCUUCUCCUGGAUGACUGAUUACACUUUCAUCAGUUCAGUUCAUCAGAUCAGUUUCUAAUAGAUAAAAAUAUCAUAUUUGUCCAUGAAUCUACAAAACUCAGAUCUGCAGGUAGAGCAGUGAUGGUAGGCGGACAUGAACAUGGUCAUGUUGCAGGACUCCUGGGAGGACGUGUGCAAUGAGGAGCACCUGGUUAGAAACUCAAACAUAUGAAGAAAAGUUAAUCCUCCAUAACAGCUUGUACUUAUCAGGCUCAUGUGUUGGGCAACAGGUCAGCAGUUCAUCACAGAGACAAACAACCAUUCACACCUCACCAGUGAACUCAGAGAGAACCCAGAGAGAACAUGCUAACCCCUCAUAUCACACCCAUAUAUCCUGGUCAUGUCCCAAACUGCAGACGUGCUGGGAGAGUUUUUCAACUGGAGAUACGUCAAAAGAUCCGCCAUGGGGUCUGAAAGUCUGAAUCCAUCACAUCACAUCACACAUGACAUAUUUAUGUUCUGAUGUCAUUCCCUCUGUUUGAGUCCUGGAUCUUGACUCAACCCACUGAUAAGACAGCCCAUUAACCUUUGAGCAGGGCGGCGGCUAUCAGCUGACUUUAUGGUUUUGUUUUGAGCAGCUGAACCUCAAAAACAUGAGCUGCGGAUCAGAUCAGCUCCGGUUUCAGGAGGUCUAACAGAUUUCAGGAGGCUUUUAAGUGAGGAGGUCCAGAGUUCUGACGUGGCGGACAGAGGCUCAAGAGAACCAGGAUGAAGAGGGGGACCCGGACAGGACUGACAGGGCUACAGAAUCCUGGACUGGAGCUAGAGAUGACAGGAAGCACAAACAUGAUCCAGUGGUCCGCAUGUUCUCAGGAGUCCAGGUGUCCUCAGAGGUCCAGGUCCUCAGUGUUGGCAGUGGUAAAGGCUGCAACUCAGUGGGCGUCGUACUCAGGUGGCCGCUGGAAGCAGAAAAGAAGAACGGCAGACGUUCACCUGAAGUACAGCGGUCUGUGUGAGGAAGACAAACAAGACGAAGAACACCGAGAUGAACCCGACACACCAAAUGAACAACACCUGAACCAGAAACUACUGAACCACUUCAGACAGCUGGCUGCUACCAACCAGGACACAGACCAGGUGGACCUUCAGUUUCUGGAUCAGGUGAUCUCACAUGGUGCUGAUCCAAACAGCUCAGACAGAUACGGACAGACCAUCCUGCACGAGAUCUCCAGGGCGUGGAGUGUGGAUGUGAUGCGGUUCUUUCUGGACCGAGGAUCAGACCUCAACCAGCCGGACCAGUUUGGCGUAACAGCACUUCAUGUGGCCUCAGCACUGGACUACCAGGACAUGGUCCAGUUCCUGCUGAACCGAAAAGCGGAUCCAGAGGCUCGGACUCUUCUGGACCAACAGACUCCACUUCACUACGCUGCCAAGAACGACGCUGUCGGCUCCAUCAGACUGCUGCUGAAGGCUGGAGCCUCCAUCAGCUCCAAAGACUACAAACACAGAACUCCACUGCAGCUGGCAGCCAACCUGGAGCGCAGUGAAGCUGCUCAGCUGCUGUUGGAGCUCGGGGCAAAGGCAGGGAUCAAGGACUCUGAUGGACAGCUCUGUAUGACUGCUCUGAUUGGCCAGAUGAGUCCAGUGGCCCGGCUUGCACUCGGUCAGUUCCAUGUGACCGACAAAGUGACCCGACAGCAGUACUACUACCUGAACCUACUGGAACCAGAACUAUGCUUACCAAAGACCCCUCUGCAAGAAGCAGUCGUCAAUGAGCCAACAUCUCCACUGGAGGUCGUGGUCCAGCAGGGGAAAUUGGACCUCAUCAUGAAUCCAGUAUUUCUCAAACUGAUUGAGAUCAAAUGGAAACUGUACGGCAGGCUGGGGGCGUGGCUACUCCUUAUCCUCAACUUCCUGUUCAAUGUCUCCUGGACGACUGUCGCCAUCUCUGUGUCCAUCCACCGAGACUCACUUGAUCGCUAUGUCCUCCCACAGGACUGGUGGCGGGUCCUCCUUGUGGUCCUGGCUCUCCUGUUGACUCUGGAGGAGGUGCUGAGGGAGGUGCAGGACAUCAAACGCUCAAAAAGGAAGCUCCGCCUCUGGCAGCAGUGGGCGGAGCGUCGUCUUCAUGAUGACCUGUGCUGCUUACAUCCCAUGUGGCCUCAGGACAGAGUUUACCUUUUGGAUCAGAACAAACAGAUUCACAGGAUCAGAGGAAGCUACACCCGAGACCUGUGGAACGUCUUUGAUUGGCUUGUUUACUCUCUGCUGACGGCGGCGUUCAGCGUCCACGUGGUCGACGUCUUCCAUCCGUCCGUCGGCCUUCAUGCCGCCAGUCUGCGCCUGUUCUCCGUCACCGUCAUCUUCCUGUGGCUCCGGCUGAUGAAGCACGUCAGAGCCUUCAGGCUGAUGGGUCCAUUCAUCGUCAUGUUGGGGAACAUCAUCGGGGACGUGAUGCGUUUCCUGUUCCUGUACAUUGAGAUCUUCGUUCCGUACGCCUGCAGCUUCUGGAUCAUAUUUGGAGGCUCGGCAUCAGUUCCCAGCAUGCAGUCUGUCUCUGGCCUGCUGUACAGUCUGUACCGCAUCACUCUGGUGGACGAGUACGAGUACGCCGCCAUGGUGGCGGUGGACGCUGUCAUGGCUCCUCUGCUGUGCGGGACGUUUCUGGCGUUGUCGUCCAUCUUGUGCGUGAACCUGCUGAUCGCUCUGCUAACCGACACGUUCCAGAGGGUUCACGAUAACUCAAAGGCUAACGCUGUGAUGCAGCAGGCCGCCGUGAUCCUGCAGGUGGAGGAGUCCAUGCACCUCCUCCGCCGUUUCUAUGACGACCAGUACAUCUCCAAACACUGCGCCCCAUUGACCGACUCCUAUGACGAUGACGUCACAACAAACCCCCGUUACCAUGACGAGAUGGGCCACAUCACCACGCAGAUUAAAGAGACUCUGGAUCAGUUCCUGGUCCUUCAGAAAGACCUGGACUCAGUCAGAGAUUCUGGUUCUGGUUCUGGAAUCCAGACAAACCAGAAACUUCAGAACCAGGAGCUUCAGAACCAGGAGCUUCAGAACCAGGAGCUUCAGAACCAGGAGCUUCAGAACCAGGAGCUUCAGAACCAGGAGCUUCAGAACCAGAAACUUCAGAACCAGGAGCUUCAGAACCAGGAGCUUCAGAACCAGAAACUUCAGAACCAGGAGCUUCAGAUCCAGGAGCUUCGGAACCAGAAACUUCAGAACCAGGACCUCCAGGCUAUCCGAUUGGAGCUGAAGGAGCUCAGGAUUCUGGUUCAGCAGCUGAUUCAGACCAGGACUGGUUCAGAAUCUGACCCAGAUCUGGUCAACAGUUUUCUGUAUUAAGUUGAUAUUUAAAUGUGACGUCAUCUGAAUGUGGUUAAAUUUCCCAUGAUGCCUCAGAAAUGUCAUCAGUAACGAUGCUGGCUGAUUAAUGAAUGUUUGGUUUUAAUUUAUUUAUUUUAUUAUAAACGAGUUUGAAUCAGUGUCGUGUAUUUGUUAAUUCAUGUAUUAAAAAAACAAAACUCAUUGUUGUUGUUGUUGUUGUUGAAUUUGCGGAAGUGGUGCGAAGCCCCGCCCCGCCCCUCAGCU